UUGGUCACUUAUAUCUUAAAUUCUCUUGUAGAUUAUAUGAAUAGUGUAAAAAGUCUAAACGUUGCGAGUAUUAAAAAACGGAGGAAGUAUUUAUUUUUACACUAUUUUUGAAAUGAAAUACGUAAAAAAAAAAAAAAAAAAAAAAAACAGAAACAUGUCCAAAGUAUUUUCUACGGUAAAUUUAAAAAUAAAAAAAAUGGAAAAAUGUCACGGAUGGUCUUCGAACCCGCAUCUGGUAUGAUUUCUUUUUGACAGGUUCCCGCAACCUUUUUCGCCUGCCGUCUCCCUCCUCUCUGCGAGAGUAGCGUUCAGUCACUAUCGACGCGGGUACGAAAAUGGCAGCGGACGGAUACUUAGACGAUUAUCCUACCAAAACUAGAGUGUCGUCUCUCGAAGAAACUACAAUUAAUCAGACUUUUCUGAGUAAACAAUUGCAAUCAUUUGAAGCUUUGGCAAACAAAAAGCAAUUCUUAUGGACUGAACCCUACCGUUUUGGACUGAAGGCAUGGAAGGAGAGAGAAAACCCGGUUCCCGCACCAGUCGAGCAACAAAAAACCUACUGCAUUCCUUAUUCCACCAACUCUCUUCGACUCUUCUCCUCCUUCAGAAAAACAUAAUGACAAAGUUGGCUAAUGUUCAAGAAACCAGCCUAGACUUUUUACCUUAUUUACUCCAUAUUCACACUCUCCUCGAUACUAUAGAAAACCAAACAAUUCAGAAUUUUCUUAAAGAUCUGCAUUAUAAUGGAGUGGUUUCCACUUUCCGGUGAAGAGUUUGAUAAUACCAUUCACGAAGCUAAGAAAGAAGUAAACGUUCAUGGUUUACAUUGGGUCUAUGGGAUAGAUCCCAGGUCUGUAGGUGCUGCUGAUCAGAUAAAACGAGCCAUAAUUCAUUAUGGCGGAGUUUUAGGAGAGAUGCCAAUGACCAGUGAAUUUGAUGUAUCAGGUAUUGAAACAUUUGUUGGAGGGGGUGAAGCUGAAAGAGUCGAUCUCAGUCGAGGUAAUGUUGGGAAGAAAAGAAAAGGUAGCAUGUCAACUGAUGAUGACUUCCGGGGUCAUGGCCACGCUGUUGUUCUGGUUGGUUGGGAGCCUGGAAACAAAUUUGUUUAUUUGAAUUCUAGGUCAGCAGAUUGGGGAGUUGAAGCUAAUUUGAAGGAUAGAAAGCCAAAGAAGAGGGGAAGAGAGCGAAAAUCAAUUGCAAGUACAUGUACUAAGUUGAAGGAAGCCAGCAAAGGAUUUAGUACAGUAACAGCAGAAGGAUUACACUUUGUAUAUUGCCCCCAACUACUGAAGUGGUGGUGAUAAAUAUUUGAACUUGGCUAUUAUUACUCUUCUGAUGUCUAUUAUGUGAAACAGUUGCAGCUAUGUGUUCUUCGAACUGAUACUAUUAAUUACAAUCUUCCUCUGCUCUAGUUUCUGGUUUAAUCUUGAUAUUGUGGGGGAUUAAGUUUUGUUAAUAGCUAUGGUUGAUCCUCUAAAUGUUUAGUUUGAAGAAUUUGCUCUUGCUUUUCGGCUGGGUAUAAAAAUGUUGCUAGCUUUCCCUUCUUAUUAUAUGUAUUUAGUUCCUAAGUACUACACAGGCUUUUGUUAUUUUGUUAAACCAUGGAUGUGUGUUGUAAACCUUUUGGAUGCUGUCACCAUUUUGCAAUCACAUAUAGUCAACAGUUUGGUUCAUAAA